AUGAAGUUGUCGGCUAAAUCAAACCUAUGUACAUAUAGGAGGGAACGAUCAAAAACAGGGGGUGGCGAAAAACCACUAUCACCUAUUCCUGAGGACUUACAAAUUAUGGCAAUUGCUCCUCACGACUUUGUCAUUGAAGUUAACGAUUAUGAUAGUGAUGCAGUGAAUCCAGUGACUGUGGCUACAACUACAAAAGAAAUAUUUGCUGACCCUAAGCCUUGCCUUAGUUUUAAUAAAAAUGACACACCAGUAGUUAUAAACAUAGAAUAUCCAGAACUCAAUGUCGAGGUGCAAGAGAUAUCAAACGAUCCAACUACGGACACAGAAAUGAAAAUAACCAACAAUGAAACUGCUAAUACAAGGGGCAUUACAAAAACAAAAGACAGGAAAAAAGGGCUUGCAAAAUAG